GCGGCGCUCGGCGCUGUCAACGGCCCCGCGGCGAUGGCGUCGGUGCCGGUUUACUGCCUCUGCCGCCUCCCCUACGACGUGACCCGCUUCAUGAUCGAGUGCGAUGUGUGUCAGGACUGGUUCCACGGCAGCUGCGUUGGAGUAGAGGAGGACAAGGCAGUGGAGAUCGACCAGUAUCACUGCCCGGACUGUGAGAAGAUGCAUGGGCCCUCUGUCAUGAAAAGGAGAAAAUGUUUCCCGAAGCAGGAGAGCUUUGGCACCGUCGACAGGAGCCACCCGGUGCAAACCGGCAGUCAGACCUUCAUCAAAGAGCUCCGUAGCAGGACCUUUCCGAGCGCAGACGAGGUCAUCCUGAGGCCGACGGGCUAUCAGCUGACAGUGGAGUACCUGGAGGAGAACAGCUUCAGCGUGCCCAUCCUGGUGGCCAAGAAAGACGGGCUGGGGAUGACGGUGCCGCCGAGCAGCUUCACCGUGAACGACGUGGAACGAUACGUGGGGUCGGAGAAGAUCAUCGACGUCAUUGACGUGGCCAGGCAGGCCGACUGCAAGAUGAAGCUGGGCGACUUCGUCAAGUACUACAACAGCGGCAAUCGCGAGAAGGUCCUCAACGUCAUCAGCCUCGAGUUCUCCGACACGAGGCUGUCGAACCUGGUGGAGACUCCUCGGCUGGUGCGGAAGCUGUCGUGGGUGGAGAACCUGUGGCCGGAGUCAUCGCUGUUCGAGCGGCCCAGCGUGCAGAAGUACUGCCUGAUGGGGGUGAGGGACAGCUACACCGAUUUCCACAUCGACUUUGGGGGCACCUCCGUCUGGUACCACGUGCUCAAGGGGGAGAAGAUUUUCUACCUGAUCCGACCCACCAGCGCCAACCUGGCCUUGUUCGAGUGCUGGAGCUCCUCCAACAACCAGAAUGAGAUGUUCUACGGGGACCAGGUGGACAAGUGCUACAAGUGCUCAGUGAAGCAGGGCCAGACGCUCUUCAUCCCGACAGGUUGGAUCCAUGCUGUACUCACCCCCCUGGACUGUAUUGCCUUCGGCGGAAACUUCCUACACAGUCUGAACAUCGAAAUGCAAUUAAAGGCCUACGAGAUAGAAAAGAGGUUGAACACGGCAGACCUCUUCAAGUUCCCGAACUUCGAGACCAUUUGCUGGUACGUUGGGAAGCAUCUCCUGGACACGUUCAGAGGUCUGCGAGAGAACGGCAGGCACCCGGCUCACUACCUCGUGCAUGGCGCCAAGUCGCUCAACAUGGCCUUCAGGUCGUGGAUGAAGAAGGAGGCUCUCCCCGAGCAUGAAGACGAAAUUCCCGAGACGAUCCGAACGGCUCAGCUCAUUAAAGACCUCGCCAAGGAGAUCCGCCUGGUGGACCCUGCCUGCCGUCAGUCCUUAGGGAAGGUGAUGGGGCCCUUCGCCCUCCAGCGGAGCCCGCAGGCCGCUAGCCUCACCGACAAGCCGGGCCGCAAGAAGGGAGUCCAGCCGAGGGACGGCAGCAAGAAGAAGGGGAGGAAGGGCAAGGAGGUGCUGGGGCUGCAGUCGCCCGACCUUGACCUCCUGGAGAUGCAUACCAAGCAGACCCUGAGAAAGCUGGAGUCACCCAAAAAUGAGAAGCGGGACGUGUCCAGCACCCAGCUGCAGAUGGGGACCCUGGAGGGCGAGCUGGCAAUGGACGCAUCAGUCAACCUGGACGACAGCAAGCUGCGCUUCGUGCUAUCCAACGGAAAGAUAAUGAGUAACAAGGGGCUGAAGCUGCAGCCGGGCUCAGGCAAGUUCGAGCCCCUCUUCGGGAUGUUGAAGGGGGUGAAGCACUGUAUCAAGGAUGACUACGACUACGACUCCGAGGACGACCUGCAGAUCGACGAGACCCCGCGCAAGGAGCGUCGGCUUAUCAACGCCAGUAAAAAGUUGCUGAAGCUGCCCUGCCGACUACCCCGCGCCAAGCCCUGCAAGGAUCCCACUCGCAAGCGGGAACCUGGUGAAGUGGACUUCGACAUUGUGGAAGAUGAUUCGUCGGAUGAAGACUCGGCCAUCGACAUUGACAUUGACCACGGGGAGGGCUCGGCGGAGGGCGCGGGGGCCAGCAGCUCGGCCGGGAUCCUGGACCUGCUCAAGGCCAGCAAGGAGGUCGGCGCGCUGGAGUACGCCGCGCAGAGCCAGCCGCCAGCCUCCCCCAGCACGCAGGAGGCCAUCCAGGGCAUGCUAUGCAUGGCCAACCUGCAGUCCUCGCCCGGCUCCAGCCUGCAGGCCUGGUGGAGCAGCAGCCAGGAGCGCAACGGCUGCCCAUCCUCCGCCGCCCAGGCCGGCGGUAAGAAGGCCAAGAGCAGGGGGGAGGCGCGGCCGGACGCCAAGGGCAGCCAGUCCCCCGACAGCCUCGCCAGCGACGACGACAGCUACGACGACCAGGAGAGCCUGGGCGCCUGCUUCAAGGACUCUGACUAUGUGUACCCGUCCCUCGAAUCGGACGAGGACGACCCCUCCUCGAGGAUGCGGAACAGGAAGAGGAGGAACAGCGACGACGCGCCUUGGAACCCGAAAGCUCGCGUGGCGCCAACUCUACCCCGGCACGAACGGCCGAUCCGGGAGGGGACACGUGUGGCCUCUAUCGAGACAGGGUUGGCAGCAGCGGCAGCGAAACUGGCACAGCAGGAGCAUCAAAAGAUCCAGAAGAGGAAGAGCGCCAAGAAGAAGCCAGCACCCGAGGAGCCGAGUGCCAAGCCGCAGCCCGGCAGCCCCGUCUCCGAGUCCAAGGCCGAGGUCUUCUCCGGGAGCCUGGUGGACCACGAGUACACGGCGGGCCCCAGCACCUUCGGCCUGCCGCAGACCAGCCGUGGCUCCACGCCCAUGGCCCCCGGCGUCUUCCUCACGCAGCGCAGGGCUUCCACGUCGUCGCAAGGCAGCCAAUCAGCAGGCAAGCGUCCAAGGAAAGGUCUGGCAACGGCGAAACAGCGGCUGGGAAAGAUCCUCAAGAUUCAUCGGAACGGGAAACUCUUGCUUUAGAUAUUUUUCUAUUUUGUAUAAUGUUGGAACUGAAGGUGUUUGUAUAUCUCUGUACAGUUGACACUAAAUAUUGACCCCUGCCCUCUUCUUGCCUACCCCUGAUGUUUUGGGGGCUGCUGAGUCUAGUGGGAAGGGAAAUGGGGAGUGAGAGAGAGAGGUAGGUAGGUGUGUCUGUGUGGUGGGUUCUGAUCCCAAAACCGAUUCGUGCUUCAUGGGACUCCUCCCUCGCUCCGAGUCUUGACUGGCACCCGGGCCUGACCGCGAUGUGGAGGCGCCCUCGCCGUUUUCCCGGGAAUAGGAUCGGACGAGAGCUCGAGGUGAGGACGCCCGAGGUUUUGCCCUGGCGGAGAUGGUUCACACCCUCCGUGUUGCUCCUGAGCGUGGUCCGCUUCACCAGCACCACCCCUCCGUUGCAUUAACCCCACCUGCUUUCCCUCGGGUCUCCCGAAUGAUUCCCUUCCCCAGUCCUCCCACCUUUCACCACAAUCCGAGGCUCUCAUUGAAGGAACACAAGCCCACCGAGUUCAAGUCUACAAGGGUGAAAGGCCGGUGGACGCCAACACCUUGCCCCCCGCCCCGAAUCUUGGCGCAAUGUCCCGUCAGCGGCCUCCAUUUACAAAUUGCAUUUACAAAACCAUCUUGACUAUUAUCAUUGCUUUUCUCUCUUUCUCCCCUGCCACCCAACCCAGGUCACCUUUUGUAAAAAAAUAAGUACAUAAAGUCAUUAGUUUGUAACAAUUUUUUUGUAGUGCAGCAAGUUUUUAAAAUGUCUGAUAGUAUUGUUACUCUAAGAGAAAAAGAAAUUGUGCUUUUUAAAAACAAAACUCGAGGUUUUUGAAUCUUGCCUUCCUUAAUCACCCCAUCUG